GUCGGUCGGGUGGUUUUCUGUCGGUCGGUGCUAACAUGGAGGGACGCCUACUGAUAGGUGUUGUAGUAAUAGUUGCUACCUUUUACUGUUCGCCGGGAAAGAGUGAGGAAUGCCACUUGCACGAAGGCGACCUGUGCAAAUGUUCCACCAACACAACGACCAUUGACCUCGGAAUAAUCUUCUCUGAAUUGCCGUGAGGAUACGCUCAGAGUUACGCACAUUGGUAUUCUCUCUUUUACAGUCAGUACGUUGAUGGAGAAAAGUAUAUCUACAGCCCUUGUAAGCUAAUGGUACCCACCAACUCAACCAAAGGAGCUACACAGAAGGAGCUGGAGGCCCUGGUACGACGGUAUAAAGUCACGUAUCACUGGCCCGUUUACUUUGGGGCUCAAAUGUUUGUGGUUGUCACAAUCAAUACUUUCAAGAUGGGCUCAUGACAAUUCGUAAACCACUAAUGAAGAUAGAGUGUAUACUCUUCCACUUUCUGUAAAUGUGUACUUCACCCAUCUUCUUCUCAAAGGUCUGGAAAGUUUUUAAGACAAACACUGCUCUUGGUAGAGAAGCCACCACCUGGACUGUCAGCUCUGACGCUGGUGCUGAUCUGAAGUUCAGGAUUACCUACAGUGGUGGAGAUGUGUACAAAAACAAAACAAAAAAAUGGAAGGCUGUGUUUGACUACUCGUACUCACCCAACGAUACUAGGAUAGCACACAUGGGAGUUGAUAAAAACAAACAGCAUUUUGUGGUUACGGGAAAGACAGUGAGGCCUGUGACAGCCAGAAGAAGGCCGACUGGCAGCACUGGUGUAGCAGUGGGUGUGGUCGGACUUGUUUUCAUCAUCCUGUGUUUGGUUGCCGUGGUAACCUACUGUGUGGUGGGUGUGGCAUACAACUAUCGGGUGAAGGGGGAAAGAGGCAGUGACAUCAUUCCCAACGCCGCCCUCUGGGUUGAGCUCCCCGUUCUGGUCAAGGAUGGAGUUUGUUUCACCAUCAGCCCCUGUACCUCCAAGUACCGUAGAACUCGCUACCGAAAACUCUAGUCUCACAGUCAGACCAAAUGCUGCAACACAUGCAGUAGGAACACUAUCUGCAGUAGGAAGACUGUCUGCAGUAUAAUUAUAGGGGCAACAAUAAAGCUCUAUUGUACACUUCUUUCUAUAUAAUUAUACAUACACCAACUGUUCGUUUUUAUAAUCCACACAGCGUUUUUCUCUCAUUUCUUUGUGAGGGGAUACAAUUACGGUAACCAAGGCGACACUACUCUCACUAAAUGAAAAGCACU